CAACUAUCCCAAUUUUCCAUUUGAUCUGACGAGAACUUCAAAAGUCGAAGCAAAAUCGUAAUAUAAUAGCGAUGAUCAGUGAUACUGUUCUAUUCUAUUCCUCCCGUUUGCAUCCACUUUCUCUGUCUCUGUUUUAUAUUUGUGGAGCCCAUUGAAACACCCAUUUGCAUUUCGCCAUUUUUGCCUUUCAGCCAUAGCUACACGAGUUCUAGUCAGGUGCCACCCCACGUAGAACGAGGGACAAACCUAUUUCAAUUAUUAUUUUCUUCUCAAACCCACUUCAUUUGAUCACACGGAUUCUGGGUUUUUCUUUUCUUCUUCAAUUUUCAUAUCGUCUCCAAAAUGGAGCAAAAGAGUUUGAAGAGGUUUCUCUUUAUGGUGGCCGAUGAAUUUGAAACCCCUUUUGCCUACUGUUUUCGUUUGAUGGAUUUGUGGAUCUACCACUUUUUAGAUCUCCAUCGUUUUCAUUUGGUAUCAUUGAGUAGCUGACUGAACUGAUCGAAGAGCCUAAUUGCAGAUUCAUCGAGAUAAUUGACCGAAAUAUGCAAUUACAGGAGCCACUUAUCAGGUUGAGGAGUUUUGCUGCUUCUAGUUGUGAGUGAUUUCUUUUCUUCUUAUUUGUUUGUUGGGAAAUCCGGUUGUGGAAUGUUUUGGACAGAAUGAUAUGGUUAUCCUUUUUUAAUAUGGAGUUAAAAAGCUAGAGCUGAUGAAAUGAGGGAUGUUAUCCAGCUUGAUGAACUUUCUGAGAGCUUGUUGGGUGCCGUCCUCGGACAAUAUAGUACACAGCGGUUCGGAUUCAGCAGGCCGUCAUGAAGGCUUACUAUGGUACAAGGAUAUUGGACAACACAUGAAUGGUGAAUUUUCUAUGGCUGUUGUUCAGGCCAAUAACUUGCUUGAGGAUCAGAGCCAGAUUGAAUCGGGUUCAUUGAGCUUCCUUGACUCCGGGCCAUAUGGAACCUUUAUUGGUGUCUAUGAUGGCCAUGGUGGGCCUGAAGCAUCAAAUUACGUAUAUGAUAAUCUUUUCCAACAUCUAAAAAGGUUCACCUCAGAACAGCAAUCAAUGUCCACUGAUGUAAUAAAAAAAGCAUUUCAAGCUACAGAGGAAGGGUUCAUUUCUUUAGUGACUAAACAAUGGCAAAUGAAGCCCCAAAUUGCAGCUGUUGGUUCAUGCUGCCUGGUUGGUGUGAUUUGUGAUGGAACCCUUUACAUAGCUAACCUUGGUGAUUCCCGUGCGGUGCUCGGAAGGCUCGUGGGGUCAACUGAGGAGGUUCUUGCCGUGCAGUUAUCAGCAGAGCAUAAUGUGAGCAUAGAAUCAGUCAGAAGGGAGAUGCAUUCUCUGCAUCCAGAUGAUUCACAUAUAGUAGUUUUGAAGCAUAAUGUAUGGCGAGUAAAGGGCUUAUUACAGGUUUCCAGAUCUAUCGGUGACGUGUAUCUAAAGAAGCCGGAAUUCAACAGGGAACCUUUGUAUGCUAAGUUUAGGCUUCGUGAACCGUUCACUCGACCAAUAUUGAGCUGUGAACCAUCAAUCUCAGUCUUUGAGCUUCAACCACAUGAUCAGUUCAUCAUAUUUGCUUCUGAUGGCCUGUGGGAGCACAUUAGCAAUCAGCAAGCUGUAGAUCUGAUUCGAAGUCACCCACACAACGGAAGUGCCAAGAGGCUGGUAAAAUUUGCUAUGCUAGAAGCAGCUAAAAAACGAGAAAUGCGAUAUUCAGACUUGAAGGAUAUUGAUCGUGGAAUACGCCGCCAUUUUCAUGAUGACAUCACAGUCAUAGUUGUAUUUCUUGACUCUAAUCUUGUAAGCCGAGCGAGCUCAGUCCGUGGCCCAACAACGUCUUUGAGGGGGUGUGGUGUUAUCUUACCUACAAAAUCUCUAGCUCGUUGCACCACACCUACAGAACUUAACACAAUCUCGUGAAUUUUAGUUGUCAUCUGCAGAGAGCUGUUUUUCAGUACUGUGAUCGAUGUCUAUGGAAACACUAUUAAUCUCAAGGCACUUUAAGCUUGCACUCUCAAAUGCAAAAGAAUCCAUCCCAACACGAAACUUCCCAAAUCUGAUACCUUCAGUGCUGGCAAGGCUUUCAGAAUAUUCAAUCUCCAUGGAGUUCUGCAUUAGUUGUUUCCUCUUCCAAAAGUUGUCAGCUCCAUGAAGAGCUUCCUCUAGCUCUUGCCAAACCUGUGCCAUGGUUGGACGGUACUUGGGUUGUUGUGAAGUGCAUUUCAGCCCAAGUUGCCCCAUCUUUAACAUUACUUCGAAGUUGCAUGGCUCUGUAAGAAGAUCUGCAUCCAAAAUCUCUUCAACUCUACCUUUUUCUAAGCUUGGUCCUGCCUGCAAUUUCACCCACCAGUUUAUUCAUUACAUUUCUUAGUUUCUGAAACAUCAUAAAUGUUGUGAUAUUACCUUUUACAUGUUAUAACUAAGAACAUUGGACGGAAACUGAGACCUAAAAUGGAAACUAGAAUUUUAAUAUUGGAACACUUUUUGGCUA